AUGUGCACUGAGAAGGAGAGAUACGUUCGAGUGGUUCAGAAGAGAAUAUCCCCGUAUGAGUGCGGUCCCAGUGGACUGGAGCCGAAUCGUCUCGUAAAAGAAUAUGCAAGAAGUGCAGCCGACCAGGAUAAUCCAUUACCUCAUGAACUGCGUUCGGAAGAUUUGUUGAAAAAUACUAUGGAUUAUCUUCUCAAACAUGUAGUUGAUUCUUUACCUGGGAAUGAAGAUGAUUUAGCUACGUGGUAUGACUUUUUAUGGAGUCGUACACGUGCCAUUCGCAAAGAAAUCACCCAGCUCAUGCUGGCGGAUGCUACUGCUGUAGCUCUUUUUGAAAGAUGUGCUCGACUCCAUAUUCUAUGUGCGUAUAAGCUUUGUCGCCUUGGCUUCGACCGCUUCGAUCAGAACAUGAAUACGGAAAACCUUGCCAAAUGCCUCCAAUCUUUGAGACAUCUCUAUGAAGACUUGGAACUGCAAGGCAAGACUUUCGAUACUGAGGCUGAAUUCCGUGGUUAUGAUGUUAUGUUACAUCUCCACGAUAGCAAUAUCAUGCGACAAGUGUUGUCAUACCGAAAAGAAGUGCGUGAAUCGCAACCUGUUCGAUUAGCUCUUCAACUAUCGGGUGCACUGCAAAACAAGAAUUAUGUCAGAUUUUUCCGUUUAUUAAAGAAAGAAGCAACAUAUCUUCAAUGCUGCAUAUGCCAUCGUUAUUUCAGUACAGUACUGUCAAACGCUUUACACACGAUGAUGACCGCCUAUGGUCGGCAUUCUGCGUUCCUGUUAGAGAUUUCUUAUUUGCUACGUGUUCUUGCUUGGGAUGAUCGCGAUGAUGCAUUUAAUUCUCUCAUUCCCUAUGGAGUGCAUCCAAACAGUCUGAAUUAUGAGCAGGUGUUUUUCAAUCACCGACACUUUUGUACAGGAUCCCGACUGCCUGCGAGACCUUACCGCUGGAUAGAUGCAAAAAAUAAUGCUGCCUGGAGUCAGGUAAACUUUUUUUGUAUGGAGUAUUUUAUUCCACGAUUUGUGCUAUCGCAGGUUGUAUAUGGACCUGCACCUUUUUCGUUCUUCUCUAUUGCUGUGAUGACUGACUCGUUUGAUGACUCUGGUCGUUACAACAAAGAUCCUGUGCUUUCGACUGUUUUCGAGAAGUAUUCUCUUCAAUCGGAGGCUCAAAGGCUACUAUUUUCCGAGCAAAAUCAAGCGCCUGUGAAGCCGGCGUCCAUAGCCACUAUGAGAGAAGAACAUCAUGAAGCGCUCACCUCUACCGUCGAGAAUGUAGUGCGUGAAGUAGCAGAUAAAGAGAGUUUUACAAUAUGUAAAGAUGCUAACGUCGAGGGAGUGGCUGCCUCUAUUUCGGGUAGCUUGAACGCUGGGCAGAGCGAAGAUCGCGAGCGAGCACUUUUGGAAUCACAAAGGUUGAAAGAAGAAAAAAUAAGACUCGUCCGUCGGCUAUUUGAGCAGUUGCUGGAUGAAGUCAUUGCGGAGAAGACGAGAGCAGCCAUCAAACAGGAACUAGGGGAAGGUAUUCGUUCUCAUAUUGAGAUGACGGCACAUCUUUUGGUCGAGGAGUUGUGGCGCUCAAAAUUGUGGCAUUGUGUGGAUAAGGAAACGAAAAUGAUCCUAAAGAAAACGCUGAAAUCAGAAAUUUCGUCAGGCCUUCAGCGAUUUCGAGAACAGAUGGAGCUGUUGUGGUUGCGACAGUUUUGGGAUGUUUGGCGUGAUCGAGUAUUGGAGAAUCGUCGUAAGCGCCAAGAACGUCGGCAUGAUUGGGAGACAUUCCGAGGCUGUUUUUCGCCAUCUAACUAUGCAAAGCACGGUGAAGUUGGUCAUCAAAGCAAGGCCUCGUUAGCUCUUGUUGACAGUCAGAAAGUACGGCUCUCGCUGAAGCUGGUGCAGUUCAAGAAAGCCCGUUCAAAAAGAAUUGUGCGGAAGUACUUUGAUAAAUGGCGAAAGUACGUUGAAAUUCGGCGAACUCUGCAUAGCUUGGCUAAGAGGAUGCUGCACCGUCCAAAGACCAUCAGUUAUGCUCCUUCUUCUCCGUUUCGACCGUCCUAUGCAGAUAGGACAAGACGGAAAAGGACUCACUCUACAUCUUUUACUUUGUCGGAUUGUUCCUUGCCGGCGAACAUUACUCUCAAUGACGUAUAUAAUAACUCGUGUGAUAGCCGAUUUAUAAGUUCAAUGUAUAUCCCAGAAAAGCACUCUGAUUAUGAUCCCAAUGAAAUGUUCUUAUCAGAUAGCUUUUUCCAAGAGUGCAGUCGUCGGUAUGACCCUUCGGAGAUUGCCAAACCGUUUCGACCACCUUCGCCGAGACCGGAAGAGUACGACAUGCUAAAUGAAUCUAAUCCGUACGCAUCUUCUGACUACGGCCGGGUGUCGGAUUCCCUAAUUUUACGA